AGAUUGGAUUUAUCCUCUCGCGAACAUACAUGUAUGUGUAUAACUCUAUCACCAGCUUGCAUUUUACCUAUAUCAUUUCAGAAUACCCGUUGAGCCUCUGUCUUAGGCUUUAUCAGUGGUUCUACGUCUAGGCUUCAAUGUAUAAAGCCUUAGUGUUGGCCGGCAGGCUGAAGCCUGAUGCUAGACUGGGGCUCGCACUAUGCGAAUUUACUACCACACUCGACGAAGAAAGUCGUAGAAUAUUCGUUAAGAUGCGGUCUAGUCCAUCUGCAGUACCAACUGCUUCAGAUGUGAUAAGAGUUACCGAGGAGUUGAACAGAGAAUGGGCUAAGCGUCAUAGAGCCUGGAGGCUACUCGGGACGAGACUAAAGAAUUUCUUGAGCCGAAUCCAAUCAAUUGCCAGCAUUGGAGAUGUACUGGUGGGCGGUUCGCAGAAUAUUCUGAAAUAUCGACUCCUCCUAUUACUAUCUCCUCAUCAAGCAAGCUAUGAAAAUUUAUGGCGAUGGCAGCGACGGAAGGGAUCGUGUUUCUGGAUUUUCGGGACGAAAUAAUACUCAGCCUGGCGUAGCCGAGAUACUUCGUGCGUUUUGUGGCUAAAUGGCAGCAUGGGCAGCGGAAAAACCGUUACAUUAGCGAACAUCGUGGCUGAUAUUCACUUACGACAACCGUGCCUUUAUUUCUUCUGCGUAUCAAAGGAACCGGAGUCUCUGAGCUUUAGGG